GCGACGAGGUGCUGCUGCAGCAGACGCUGUUUGACGCCGUGGUGACGGCUCCAAUGGAGGCCUACUGGAACGCCCUGAUGCUCAACGACAGGGUGGAGCCGGGCGUGGAGACGGUCUUCCUCGGGACUCGAGCCGGUCUCAUGAGGAUCAUGAGAUACGCUGGAGUGGAGACCAGAGUGGCAAAAAGGUUCCUGACGCCGGCUGAUAAAGACAACCUGUUCACCGUGGAUCACUUCCCUCUGUGGUACCGCCUGGCCGUGGAAAACACUCCCGGCAGCUUCUACUACUACCCCGUCAACGACAAAGGAGUGAAGUACGUGAUCGGGACGACGGCAGUAACUGUGUCCUCUGAGGGGAAGACGGCGAUGGCCGGAGGUGAGUCACACUAAUGUGAAUGUUUUAAAUGUUAUUUAUUUAUCUGUGGGACGUCUUUCUGUGUGAAUAGUAAUAAUUAUUAUAAUUAUUAAUAAUUAUUCAUUUAUUUAUAUAGUACCUUUUAAAAACAGAGUUU